CCCAGUGGAAGGGACACUGUCCCUGCUGUUGAACAAUUGGCCUGGGGCAAGUUUGAGCUCUCAGCUGUGAUGACUGGGCCCUUUCAUGCAACCUGGGAAUUCACCUACACAGACCUCACCUGAGGCAGGAAUGUGGUCUGUGCUGGGCUUCUGUCACCACCACCUGCCCAGACUUCCAACCCGAGGAUUCAGGGGAAGCGAAAGUUGCUACAUCCACCCAAGUUUAAGCUAUGAAGAAGGACAUCCCUCACUCUCUGAAACAAAUCGCCUUCAGAGACAGACUUUUGCAGCUUCUCAUCAACUUCCUGGAUAUCCUACCACACCUCAGCCAACCGCCCAGGCUGCUUCUUCAGGAACUACUCUUUUACCACAAUUCAGGGCUCCAUCCUGGCAGACAGGUAUGCAUUCCUCAGCAGCAGCUGAACUGUUCGUUACUGGACCUUUGCCAACCACUGGAACACUUUCACCUUCUGCCCUCUCUGCUUAUCAGCAUCCCACCACCUUCAACAAUAGGAACUUUGCUACCACCUCACCUUUGGUGCUUCAGGAUUCAAGUUUUAACACUACAUCAAAUGGAAUUCUAAAUCCUCAUGACCCUUUGCUACAAAUCAAAACUUCCCAGGGAACUGUUCCAACUGCUUUGGCAUUUGAGCGCCUGGGCAGUUCUGUGUUAUGUAACAGUGUACCACCUCAGUCCUCAACAUAUCGCUCAGCUCAAGAGUCUGCACCCCAUCUUUUACAACCUCAGUUCAGUUUGUUGCCUUCAGCACUUGGGGGAACCCAGCAAAUGCCUCAAGCCUACAGUACAACUCUCUUUACUAAUUCUACUUCUUCCAUUGAAAGAGCUCUUCGAGAAUGUAGUGUUAUUAAACACCAUCAGCGGCCUUCAGGAACCCAGUCUAUUCAGGCACAACUGACUGGUUCACAGCAUUCCUUACAUAGUUAUCUAUCAAAUGCAAAUUUAGUUAAUUUUCAGGAAACAAGCAGGCAGUCAUCUUUAUCCUGUAGCCCAAUUGGAGAGUCCACUCAGGUGAGCAAUGGAGGACUGCAGCAGAAGACCUCCCAGGUAUCAGUGGAACUUGCUCAAUCUUAUUCAUCUGUAAUUCCAUCAUCAGGGUAUCCUCCUUCCACGAUAAUAGUAAAAAGCUGUUCUGCAAAGGAACCACUCACAUCAACUAAGACUCCCAAACCUCAAAGUAUAAUUCCUCCUGUGCAAACACUAAGCUAUUCCAAACCUUUACAUAACCAGAGUUCUGUAAUAUCAGGCCAAGCACAAAUUUAUUCUACAGCACAACUACCAAGCCUUUUAUCAGUUAGUCAGUCCCAAAAUUAUGGUUUAGUACAACCACAUAAUGUGCCAUCUAUUGUUCAUUCACAGGUUUAUAGAUCCAGCAAAGUUGAAAAGUUGCCAUCCUUAUAUAAAACACUGACUUUUUCUGGUUCACCUCAGACUGUAACUUCUGAAAAUCAGACACUUAAUUAUUCUUCUAAUCAGCAAGAGGUGUUAUCCUCAGUUACAAAUGAGAAUUACCCCGCUCAAACAAGAGAUCUAUCUUCAGUUAGCCAGUCUCAAAGUUACUCAUCUGGUCAUUCUCAGGGUUUAUCACCAGCUAGCCAGACACAGGUUAAUUAUUCAUCUCAAUCACAAGUUUUGUCAGUUGUUAAUCCUUCAGAAAGCUAUGCUUCGGGGCAGUCCCUAACAUUAACAGCUCCUUCUCUUUCUUAUUCUUCCGCCUCUCGGGCUCAGAGUUUGCCAGAGUCUAGCACAACCCAGAAUUAUAUUUCUAUGCACUCUUCCCAAAAUGCUCAAGCUCAAGGGUCAUCAUCUCCCCAGUCCCAAAAGUUUUUGCCUGCCAUUCAGUCAUCUUUUACGUCCUCUACUCAUUGUCAGACAUUAAAGAACAGCAUACCUUCCCCUGAUCCAAAGUCUUAUCCUGAAAGGAAACUUGACUCAAAUGUGUAUACAUCUUCAAAGCAAAAAGAUGGUUUUCCAAUACAAGAGUUACAGGUAUUACAGCCACAAGUAUCUCUUGAGUCAUCGACCCAAAGGCUAUCUGAUGGGGAAAUUAAUGUUCAAGAAUCAACUUAUAAGGUGUCAAAGGCAGAUGACGGAUAUUCUCAGAGCGUAAUCAGAAGUAAUUCCCAUCUUGAAGAUCACGUUGUUGGGAUUGCUCUACAAAAUUCAAAAAAAGAAGAAAGUAUGGUUGGUUCAGUGACACAACUUAACCAACAAAUUGGCCAAGUCAAUAGUGCAGCAGCCCUUGAUAUUAAGAAGGCAACUGAUUUAAUGCCAACUCCACAAAUAACAUUGAAUACUAAAGACCUAAACCAGCAGCACUCUCUUAUACAUAAGGUACAUGAUGCCAAGGUCCAGGAGCAGCAUGAUCAAAUAAUUAAUGCAUCAUCUCAGAUUCAAAUUCCAAAUCAUACUUUAGGGCAGGGCCAUCAGGCAUCUCUUCCUAAUACACAGAUCCUUUUAGAUUCUACCUGUGAUUUACAGAUUCUUCAGCAGUCAAUGCUGCAGGCAGGUUUAGGACAAGUAAAGGCGUCUUUACAAGUACAUCAUGUUCCAAGUCCUCAACAAAUAGUGCAUCCUUUUCUUCAAAUGGAUAGUCAUAUUAUUCAGAGCAAUGGUGAUCAUUCUCAGCAGCAACUCCAUACUCAGAAUUCUGAAAUUAUGAAAAUGGACCUCUCUGAGUCUUCAAAACCUUUACAACAACAUCUAACAACAAAGGGCCAUUUUAGUGAAACAAAUCAGCAUGAUUCAAAGAAUCAUUUUGUUUCCCUUGGAUCAAUAUGUUUUCCAGAGGCAAUUCUUCUCAAUGAUGAAAGAAAUAUUUUAUCAAAUGUGGAUGAUAUCUUAGCAGCUACAGCAGCAGCUUGUGGGGUUACACCUUCUGAUUUUUCCAAGUCAACUUCAAAUGAAACCAUUCCAACUGUUGAAGAUGGUAAUUCUAAAUCUCAUUUUCAGCAGUCAUUAGAUGUCGGGCAUGUAAGUUCAGAUUUUAACUCUAUAACAGCUACAGUAGGAAAGCCACAGAAUAUAAAUGAUAUUUCCUUAAAUGGAAAUCAAGUUACGGUAAACCUUUCACCUGUACCUACCCUUCAGUCAAAAAUGACUCUUGAUCAACAGCACAUUGAAACACCAGGUCAAAAUAAAGCAUCUAAACUAACUUCACCAGUGACUGGACCAAAUCAUGAAGUCCAGGACCAAAGGUCUGGCCCAUUCAAGAAACAGCCUGCUACCAAUCAUGACUUUGAAGAUGAUUGUGAAGUUCCUGUUGAUAGUUCAUUAAAUAAUAACAGGAACCAAGAGUUUGUUUCCAGUAGUAGAAGUAUAAGUGGAGAGAGUGCUACAUCGGAGAGUGAAUUCACCUUAGGGGGUGAUGACAGUGGUGUGUCAGUGAAUCUGACAAGGAGUGCACUUGCACUGUUGGCCAUGGCCCAACCUGGGGAGGCAAUCAGUGUCAAGAUUGAAGAAGAAAACCAAGAUUUAAUGCAUUUUAACCUUCAGAAGAAGAAAACUAAAGGGAAAGGGCAAACUAAAGAGGAAGAGAACAGUAAUCUGAAACAGCUGAAAAGACCUAUCCAAGGCAAACGCCAGAAUUCAAGGGGAACAGAUAUAUAUUUGCCAUAUACUCCUCCUCCCUCAGAAGGCUGCCAUGAUGUUUAUCAGCAUCAAGAAAAAAUGAGACAGAAGAUCAAAGAAGUAGAAGAAAAACAGCCAGAAGUCAAAACAGGAUUUAUUGCCUCUUUCUUAGAUUUUCUGAAAUCUGGGCCCAAGCAGCAGUUUUCCACUCUUGCUGUACGAAUGCCUAACAGGACUAGACGACCAGGGACCCAGAUUGUUCGUACAUUUUGUCCCCCACCAUUUCCAAAGACUUCAUCUACAAUACCCACACCUUUAGUGUCUGAAACAGGGGAUAACAGUCCAUCAGAAAAAGUUGAUAAGGAACUUAAAAACUUAGAACAUUUAUCUUCAUUCUCAUCUGAUGAAGAAGAUUCUGGAGUAUGCAGUCAGGAUAUUUAUAAAAGCACCUCUACUACCUUAACUACUUUGGAUACUACUUCUGAUAAAAAAAAGGAAACAGUUUCAGAAGCCCUACAGGUGGUAACUACUAGCCUAACUGCCAAUACUACUGGUACUUCUACUACUUCCUCCACCUCUGUGGGUACAAUUAAGCAAGAACCUCUCUACUCUACUUCAUCUGCAGUAAAUAUCCUGGAAAAUAAAGGCUCUACAGAACUCCCAAAGCCCAUCGAACUUGAUGGUCUUCCUUCAAACCAAUUUGCAAAAGGACAAGACACUAUUGCCAUAGAAGGUUUUACAGAUGAUGAGAACACAGAAAGUGGAGGAGAAGGCCAAUACAGAGAGCGUGAUGAGUUUGUGGUAAAGAUAGAAGACAUAGAGACUUUUAAGGAGGCUUUAAAAACAGGAAAAGAACCGCCAGCUAUUUGGAAAGUACAAAAAGCUUUAUUACAGAAGUUUGUUCCUGAAAUUCGAGUUGGGCAAAGAGAAUUUGCUGCUACAAAUAGUUACCUUGGAUAUUUUGGAGACGCAAAGAGUAAAUACAAAAGGAUAUAUGUGAAGUUCAUUGAAAACACAAACAAAAAGGAAUAUGUCAGAGUGUGUUCCAAAAAGCCAAGAAGUAAGCCUUCACAAACUAGCAGAACUGUUCAGGCGAAGCCUAGUAAUAGCAGUAAAACUUCUGAUCCUCCAGCACCAAAAACGACUACAAAAGCCCCUUCCGUGAAACCCAAAGGUAAACAGCUAAAAGUAAAGGCUGAGCCACCACCAAAGAAACGAAAGAAAUGGAAAGAAGAAUUUUCAUCAUCCCAGUCUGAUUCAUCUCCUGAGGUCCAUUCUAGUAGUAGUAAUGAGGAAUUUGAUCCUCCAGCUCCCUUUGUCACUCGUUUUUUGAACACAAGAGCAAUGAAGGAAACCUUUAAGAGUUACAUGGAAUUGCUUGUUAGCAUUGCUUUGGACCCUGACACAAUGCAAGCCUUAGAGAAGAGCAAUGAUGAGCUACUUUUGCCUCAUAUGAAAAAAAUAGAUAGCAUGCUGAAUGAUAACCGAAAGAGACUUCUUGUGAAUCUUCAUUUGGAUCAAUCAUUCAAGAAUGCUUUGGAAAGUUUUCCUGAACUAACAAUAAUUACUCGAGACUCUAAAGCAAAAAGUGGGGGAUCUGCUGUUUCUAAAAUCAAAAUGAAUGGCAAAGCUUAUAAUAAGAAAACUCUAAGGACUUCUAAAACAACCAUUAAAUCUGCACAAGAGUUUGCUGUUGAUCCAGAGAAAAUACAGCUAUAUUCUUUGUAUCAUUCACUCCAUCAUUAUAAAUAUCAUGUUUAUCUGAUAUGUAAAGACGAGAUCUCUUCUGUGCAGAAGAAAAAUGAAGAUUUAGGACAAGAAGAAAUUGUUCAGCUUUGUAUGAAAAAUGUAAAAUGGGUAGAAGACCUAUUUGAAAAAUUUGGAGAACUUCUAAAUCAUGUACAGCAGAAAUGCUUCUAACAUUUCCAGAAAAUUUUCAUCUGUUUUGUAGCACUAAUGAAAUGGUGGAGGGAGUGAUCAAAGUUGGUCUAGAGCAGUGGUUCUCAACCUUCCUAAUGCCGCGACCCUUUAAUACAGUUCCUCAUGUUGUGGU